GAGCGAGGCAAGCACAGUUUCUUCCUGUCACUCGUCAUUCAAGUAUUACUGGUAUUCAAAUAAUUUACUCGUAAAAAUCCUUCCUCUUCUAAAAAAAUGGCUAAGAACGAGAAAAUUGGAAUCAUCGGCAGUGGUCUCAUUGGCAGAAGUUGGUCUAUGCUGUUCGCCAGUGUCGGUUACAAUGUCAUGAUAUACGACAUUGUUCAGGAACAAAUCGACAAUGCUCUCAAAGACAUUCACCAGCAGCUGAAGAGAUUGGAAGCUAACAAACUCCUUCGAGGGUCACUCACUGCUGAUCAGCAAUUUGCAUUCAUCAAAGGUACGUCCAGCCUUGCGGAUGUCGCGAAGAACGCCAAACUCGUUCAGGAGUGCGUUCCUGAGAAUCUGGACCUGAAAAAGAAGCUCUACGCCGAGCUUGACAGAGUCGUUGACGACAAGACAAUCCUCUCUUCGUCAACAUCGACGUUCAGGCCUUCUAUGUUCUCUGAGGCCCUCAAACAUCGAGCCCAAGUCAUUGUUUCCCACCCUGUGAAUCCACCGUACUAUGUACCACUGGUGGAGAUUGUACCCAGCCCAUGGACAAAACCUGAGAUUCCUGAGCAGGUGAAGGCCAUUAUGAAGGAGAUAGGGCAGGCGCCAGUGGUUUUCAGCAGGGAAAUCGAUGGCUUUGCUCUCAACAGAAUUCAAUAUGCCAUUCUCAAUGAAGCCUGGAGACUGGUGAACGAUGGCGUUCUAAGUGUCAAGGACGUUGACAUUGUCAUGAGUGAAGGUCUGGGAAUGCGGUAUGCAUUCUUGGGUGCAUUCGAAGCUGCACAUCUCAAUGCUGAAGGUAUGAAAAAGUACUGCGAAGCCUACAACAAAUCAAUCUACGAUGUGAGUCAGACAUUCGGUCCCACUCCCAGAUUCAUUGGAAAAGAAGCGGAAAAUGUUUCUAAACAGCUCGAGGAAAUAUGUCCCCUGGAUAAACUCCAAGAGAGACGAGCAUGGAGAGACCUGGCCCUCACUAAAUUAUCCAUCUUGAAGAAAGAGUUGGAUCAGGAAAGCAACAAGUAGAAUUACUCGAAUGAUGUGUUCCAUCACAGCUUGUAAAUACUCGUGUGUAAAGAACCGUUGGAAAUAAAAUUGGUAACAUACCUAUGUGGUUUUGUGACUACAGAGGCAAAAAGUU